CGCCCAUGCUUCUCCUCAAGUACAGGUUCCUGUCAACAUUUGGACAAAUUUGCGAAGUAAAUAAGUAGAUUUAAAAUAUUUACAAGUAAAUGCUGACUUCGUUCCCUUUGAACAACAGAGCCACUGUCUUAUCUACGACACCUGCCACUUUAUCGUCUAGAAGCUACUCUACACAUAUAAUUGUGUCCCUAUCAGGUCUAGUUGGUGACAAAGAAUGAGCAAAAGAAAUCGACAGACAACAGAUCUGUUGUUAAUGAUUACAGUCGCUAAGGCUCCCCAGCAUAGAUCACUGAGGUCCAGGAAGCGCAAGGCCACGGAGGACAAUGAACAGGUCACUGAGCAGAAAGAUGACCUUCCAGUAACCGAGACAACAAAACAGGAUUCUGAUAACAUAAACUCCACUUCCCAAAUUGCCUCAGUCUCAGAGUCUACUCCACAGGAAUGUUCUCUAGACAUCAUAGAGAAUACUGACUCAUCUGCAGCUGAAGUAAACAAAUUGGGAGAUACCAUUACCCAGUUUGGUGGGGGUGUUUCCUCUGUAGUGAAACCUGAAGAGACAGUCACUUCAGAAGCCCCAAAACCCAAGCCGGCCCUCUCAGAGGGUUCGGAUGCCCAUCCACCCAUCUCUACCAAAGACAGCCAGUCAGUUUGCUCCACCAGCUCUGCUGCACAUGUUUCUAAUCAGCCUAAGGGCUCUCACCGGGACCAGACCUCGUCUCCCGGCCCCUCUGAUCCAUCUCUGCAUGGGGAGGCCACUGCAGGGGAAGGCCCCUGUCCCAUGGAGGGUGGGGAGGAGCUGCGGGAGUCGGAGUUAGAGUCUGGGUCCCUGCGCCACCACCCACAGGAGGGGGAGGACGUCCCGCACCUGCCCAGGGAGGAGAGGCCGGACCUGGGGAGCGAGGCGUCGUCGCAGGGGGCGGACGGCGGAGACCCAGCCGACGCUCCGGCGAGGAAGAGAGUGCGGAGGAGGAUGGGGAUGGGGAGACUGGGAGGGGAGAGGGAGAAGAGGAACCUUCCGGAAGGAGGACAGACCUGGGGGCGAGGGACUGGCGAAAAAGACGGAGGAGAGAAGGAGAGAGAGGCGAGUGACGGAGGAGAGCAGGACAGAGUGACGGAUGGAGAGAACAAGAGAGUGACAGAUGGAGACAGAGGACUGAAGGUGGACGAUGGUCCCAGUCUUCCAGAGAGGUCAGAGACUGUGCAAUUGGGGGUCACACAGCUACACUCGGACACUGCCGUGGAGCACAGCUCUAAAGAGACUGGACAGAGCCACAGAAAUGACUCUGGCCCUGGGUGGUGUGAUGAUAGAAGUGUGAAAGAGCAGGGGCCAGUUGCCAUAGCUACCACUGAUGGUUCUAGAACUGCCCUCCGUUCUGAAAAGGUCAUAAAAGAAGACGACCAAAACUCCGCAGGCCCUAGUAAGAUAGCCAGCAGCGAGGAGCAGAGAGAUGUUACUCCUGCCAAAGAAACAGAUGAAAUAAAGUGGGGUUUAUUACAGAAAAGCAUGCUGGAGGAUGACAACAGAGAAGCUAAACCCUCCCAUGGCCCCUCAGCCACCAGGGAGUCAGCAAGCCAAAGUACAGCUGUGGGAGAGGUAUCCCCAGGCAAUCACAUACAGAACCCAGCUGUUACUGUAGCGACAGUUGCCAAGCACUGCAUUCCAGGCGGCCUACAUAAAGCAGAGGGUGCCCACCAUUCUAGUUCUGAUGAUGUCCUGAAGUCAACCAAGGGCAUGGGAGCACCAGAGUGUGAUCCUGUAGUGAGCUGCAGCAGGAGUAUAACAUUCAGUGAGCCUGCAGCGCCAUCUAAUGGAGAGGAAGACAACAUACAGACUAUCCUGGAGGUCAAAGGUCAUGCGCCUGAGAAGCUGACACACAUCACCCCUGACCCCUGCCACGACCCCGACCCGUUUGACCCCUUGUCCGUCAACACAGUGUCUGACUCGCAGCUCAAUGACAUCACGCUGAACAUGGAGAUGGAGGACCAACAUGUCCCAGAAUCCUCCAGGAGCCACAAGGAUGCCACUGAGCUGGUCUGUGGACUCAUCAGAGAACUGUCCUCACUCAAUCGUACCAUCAUGGCUGCUCACCGGGAGCUGGAGAGUUUUCGCCGUGGUAACCGUACAGCCUGGACACCUCAGCGCCGCCCCUUCACCCCCCGCCGCCCUGAGAUCCAGCCCCCCAGCACGUCUGUGCCUGGCCAAUGACAUGUCACCUUACACUGAGAAAGCCAAUCAAAGCCUCCCUUGUUGUUCUGAUGUUCUAUUGACGUCAAGUUCAGGUUCACAUUGUUAAAAUAUACUGCUCCCAGAUUACAGUACUCCCUAUGGUAAACUACUAGACAGAUUGUGAUAUAUUAAUCUGUAGACUGAAUUAAUCUGUUUAUCGUUUAAUGCAGAUAGCCACAUCAUCUUCCAUCUCCAACAUCAACUGUUUUAUUGAUGAUUGUUAGGUGUUUGUUUGUUUGUUUGUACCUCUGGUCAGUUAUGAAAGGAUUAAACCACACACUGUUCA